AUGCUGGCCGGGAGGCCGGGAGCCAGGAGCGCCGUCGCCGGACUGGGCGCUGACUCUUCCGACCCCGGUGGCGGAGCGCCCCUCAGCCCUCGAGAGAGCGCCGGGCGUCGCCGACCUGCCGCUUACCUUGAUAUGAAAAUAUAUUUAGAGAAAAAUUUAGAAGAGGAGCGCCAGAUAUUAUUGCAACAACAAAAAAUAUGCCGAAAUCGAGCACGUAAACAUUUUGUGGAUUCAAACCGGAGAAAAAAAGCUUUUGAAGAAAAACGAAAAGAACAAGAAGAAAAAGAAUACCAAAUCAGAGAACAAAUUCUUCAAGAAAGAAAACAGAAACUUGAAGAAGUUACUGAAAAAUUUCAGCGUGCCCAUAUUCCUCUUUCUCAGCGGAGGAGAGCAGCUUUUCAAAAACCAGUUCCUCCUUUAGAAGAAGCCCUGAAACAAAUUCAGGAAUCUAACUUAAAAUCAGAAGUAAACAUUCCAUUUUCCUACAGACAAACAGUGAAUUGGAAAGCUGUAGAUUCUGCCUUGCCUUCACCAUUGUCAAAAAAUGAACAAAAGUGUCAGAAACAUCUCUUAACCAAAAACAACUGUGCCAAGGAAAUGAAGGAAAACAGUGGGGCACACCAGGCUCCUAGGAAAAAUGUAUUCCAGCUUAAACUAGAGGAAACUGAAAAACUUCUAAAAGAUCAACACCUCAGCAGCUUGCAAAAAUUUUGUGAUGAAGUUAAUCGAAUAACCAAUUCUGAAACCCUCUCAAGUGUUGACAGCCUGGAGGUUGGAGAACGUGAAGAAAUAUAUUUAGCACUUAAUGAAGAACCUUCCACAUCUGUCCACCCAAAUUCUUUUUCCCUUGGAUCUACAAAUCUACAGUCAGCUAAUAACGCAGACUACUUUGUUGAAGAUAAGUUGUCAUUCUCUAAGACUGAGCAUAUAAAUAAUUGGUUAACAAAUUUAGAUGUUCCAAUUUCUCAUACUGCGGUACCUUUCUCAGAUAUUUUAAGUCAACCUAGUGUUGUGCCUUCCAGAGAACACUUCAGUAGUAAAGAACAAAGCCCAGGUACUUUGAGCAGAACCACGGAAAGAGCCACAAGUCCUGCUAAUAAUUCAGAAGGCUUUGUGUACAGUAUACCUGUGUUUGUACUCGACAAAAAAAGUGAAAAACCCUCUGAACCCAGUACCAAGAGGACAAGUGACUGUACUUCUAGAGCGUUCCAUAGUGAGAGGCCAUUAGUUACUGAGAGCCCAACAUUUAAACUCAGUAAAGCCUGGACUGCUCCAGAUUGCGUAGCUCAGGAAGUGGCUGCAUUUUCAGACCAACAGAAACACUCAGAACUAACUCAAGCAAAUAUUAUUACUUCAGUUCCUACUUCAUUAGUAAUGACAACACCUAUAUUUCUGCCAUCUAAUACACAGUCAGCUAGGCCUUUAGCAAAACACAGUAUACACAUAAAAGAAAUCAAUCCAGUGCAGUGUUCUGAUAAGUUAGAUGAAUUCAAAGAUGUUAAAGAUGAAAAGGUAAAAUAUAAUUGUAAUAAUAAAGAGUUGCCUUUAUUUUCAGACAAUUUUCAACCUGCCCAUAUACCUCACAAUCCUAAUUCAAAAGAUAAAAAGCAAAAAACUGAGACAUCAAUAUCCCUGUCUAAUAUAAUUCCUAAUUAUGAUUUAGUUAGCCAACACAAGAAAAUGAAAUACAACAUUCAUGAGAGAAAUAGUGUGAGGUUCCUUAAAAGUAUUUUAAAAAAGGAAUCUAAAUAUGAACAUGAUUAUCUUAAAGCAAUUAUUAUAAAUCAAGGCUUUAUACUUGGAAAUCAAAAAGCAUCAGCUAUUAGAGAUAGUAUUGAAUUAACAAAACAAAAAGGGAAAAAUGCAGAAAUCCCAAAGACUAUUAAAAAACUGAGGUGGUUUGACGAAACUGGCGAUAGAGAAGACAGUGCUGGGGAUGGUCCCUCCAUGAAGAAUAGAGCAGAAGUCAUCCAGCAGUGGUCUCCAGAAUCGCCCAUGAAAAAUGAUGCUAACAGCAACAUCAUUAGUGUUCCAGCUUGUGCUGCAAAUGCAAAUGAUAGAAUGAAGCCCAGUGAUAUUUCUGGCUCUAGCAGUGUUGGUGCUUUAGAAAGCAAUGAGCCAGAUCAUGUGCCUUUGAACUGUUUUCUACCAUCAGGUUAUCAUUUUGCUAAACAAGCUUGGUCAGCCUCAACUAAAGAAGAAGGUAAAAUAUCUGUUCAUAAUGGUGACUCUAAAACUCAGAAAGAUGAUCCACAAAGAGGCGGGACAAAAGUCAUUAGAAGAGCAGCAUCUGCCAAAGUCCAGCCAGGCAAUAUACAUACAAAUAGAAAAGGCACUGGCGUUCAACCGUUGUCCACAGGCAAAGCCAACACAUUUUCACAAACUCAGGGCAAACUCAUUGCACCUCCACCCCCUCCUAAACCUACUUCAGAUAUUAAAAUCGGUAAAAAUAAACAAGUGUUUCACUGUCAAUCAGCCAUUCCUGAAAUGUCUCAAAAUACUGUUGGAUGUAAUUAUUUUAAUUCAACACAUUCACUUCCAACAAAGCAUAAUUUGAAUCAGUGGAGGCAAGAAUGUGGUCCUCAAUUCUCAGAAGCUUCUGCUGACCUAGUCACUGUGAUACCAUCUCUACCAUCUUACUAUUCCUCUGAGUGCCAUACUUUACCAAAAAGACAUCAUUCAAAUGGCACUCAAAUGAUUACCCAGCAAGAUGGGACAUUCUAUUGCACUCAAAGAACUCCUGUUUAUGAAGAAAGUUGUAAGCCUGGAGCUCUUAAAACUAUUGAGGAAGAGUCAGUUUUCUUGUGGAAAACAGGGAAGAAUAUUCUACAUCAAAAUGGGAGGCCUACCGAUUCUGCUGUCACAAGAAGAAAACGAAUUGUUGGAAAAAAGCAGAGAAAUCUUUUUGCACAAAAAAGGCAGAACGCUGGAUCUGUAAGACAGAAGUACAAUGAACAAAUUAAUAAUUUGGGACCAAGUAUCCAGCUAGUUUCAAGUGAGCCAAAACAAACUACGAGGGGUAUGUCUAAUACUGAAGAAGUUUCAGAAAGUACUUCUGAGUUUUUGAUGGCUGAAAACCUGGUGAAUGCAUUGGUACCUGAGGAUGAAAUUUUAACUAUCAUGAAGAGCAAGCAGACAGAGAAACCAAGUCUGAUUUCAAAUAAGACUCAGCAAUUCAACAUUUGUGCACUGUCAGCUGAAGAACAGAAGAUCCUGCAGUCCCUUGAUCACCUCAAUGAAAAAUUGCACUAUCUACAAGAAACCAUGAGCAAACACUCAUCCAUCAAAAAUGCUUUUCAAAUAGUCCCAUUUAUGACCAGCCAGCCAAGAGCCAGUCCAUCUCCUGAUGUUGGAUCCAGAUUACAAAGAAAAUUCUGAUGCAGUAUAAUAGUAACUAUUUAAUGGAAUCUUUAUUUUUGAAAAUAUCCUGUAAAUGUGUUAUAUAUUUCUGUGUUUAUUAAUGAUUAAAAAUACUAUAGCCAUAAAAUCAAAUUAGAUCAUAACAUGGGUAACGGAAAUAAAUUGACUAGUUCACAUUUAUGCAUUACAUUGACAUUAUAGUUGUUAUGUAUUUUAUUGAUAAUACUUUUUAAUGAACAGAAAUAUUUAAUUGUUUUCAACAGGCAUGCUACUAGAUAUAAAUUAAUUCUAUUUAAAAAGAGGAUAUUUUGUUAUUCAAAUUAUGUGUUAGCUGCAAUUGCAAAGCUUUGUUUUCUGAAAAUCAUAAUAAAUUUUAUUAAUUUUUUAAAGUAAUAUAAGAAAUUUAUGAUUAAAGCAAUCCAUCUAAAUGGUAAAGCUAUUUAUUCAGGAUGUUGGCAGGAUCUCUGUAGUUGAAAGAUGUUACCAAGGGUUAUUGUUAUCAGCUCUGCUUGUUCAAAAAGUAAUGUUAUCACUUUAUCCAGGGAGAUUAGGUUCACUUCAACGUAGCAGGGACUAAUGGCAAAAAUAAAAAUAAACAAUCC